ACCAUGACGUUUCAUUUUUCUUAUCUGUAGUUUCGUAAAUAUCGAAGGAAAAAUGUCUGUUUUCAUAAUUUUCUUCUAAAAAUAUUUAUCCAUACUAUAGAGAGUCGUCUUUGUUCUUUUGCGAUACUUUCUAGAUAGAACGAAUAUUUGAAUAAAAGUUAAACUCAGUAAUAAAAUAGGCUUGCAUAACCAUGGAUUCGUGUGUUGGAGUAGAACAAGAUUUAGAUAAAGCAAUAACAAAAUUUACGAAUUUGAAUGACCAUACGAAUAAAAUCCUACAGGAAAUCAUCGACCAGGUCGAAGGAUUAAGAAAAGAAAUCGCCAAACAGCCUCCCAACACACCUCUGUCCCAGACACAGACAAUGCUUGUCAGCGAACUAGCUGCCAGCGUGAAGCAGAGUGCGUUCCAGCUCUCUACAGAUCAUAGAGAGUUGCACGCAACAGUGUCCAGGGUGGGCAAGUCAAUUGACAGACAUUUCAUAGCUGACUACACUUCAGUGGCACCCAAGGCAGAGUCCUUCUGCUCUGACAAAAACAGACCCAUAAUGGAACAAGCUAUUGCACAGCAUCUGUACAGACAGGGACUGGAAGAAAUAGGAGACACAUUCGUCUCAGAGGCGAACAUUACUGGCGUGGAGCGCACGUGUUCGUUCGCGACGGUACAGCGCUGCGCGUCUGCGCUGGCCGAGGGCGACCCCGCGCCCGCGCUUCACUGGGCUGAGCGACGCAUGCACGAACUGCAGCACUCGCCGCUUCCGUUCGCGCUGCACCGCAUGUAUGCUCUCAAGCUGGCGCGUUGGCAGGGCGUGGGCGCGGCGAUCGAGUACGCGCGGCGCUGGUUCCCGAUGCACGCGGCGCGGCACGAGCGCGCGCUGCAGGCGGCGGUGUGCGCGCUGGCGUGGUGCACGCCGGGCGCGCCGGCCGCGCCGCCCGCCUACCGCCACCUGCUGGAGCCGCGCGCGCUGGGCGCGGAGGCGGCCGAGCUGUUCGUGAAGGAGGCGUGCGCGCUGCUGCGCCUGGCGCCGCUGUCGCCGCUGGCGGGCGCCGUGCUGGCGGGCGGCCGCGUGCUGCCCGCGCUGCACGACAUCCGCGCCAAGAUGACGCACCCGCACGUCAUCGCCGCCUGGUCCGACGACGAACUGCCCUUCGAGGUGGAUCUUGGCGAGGAAGGCGGCGGCUAUCACAGCGUGUUCGCGUGUCCCAUCCUGCGACAACAGGCGUCGGACCAGAACCCGCCGAUGCGCUUGCUGUGCGGACACGUGAUCUCUCGCGACGCGCUUAACAAACUCGCCAUGGGCGCCAAGUUGAAAUGCCCCUACUGUCCCAUGGAACAGUCGCCGGCUGAAGCAAGACAAAUAUAUUUCUCGUGAAGUGUUUAACUUCACUACAACAUAACAUUACCGGCGGCGCAAAAGCCUGGCCAAAGUAUUCGUCUUCGAGUUACAUAAUGUCUAUUCACCAUGUUAACUUUUGUACACAGCAUUUGGAUGGAUAGGUAAUCAGUUACGUGACUUCAUAAAUAAUGAAAAUAUGUUAAACUAUACAAUAAAUAAUUAUGAUACGGAUCUUUGAUAAUGUUUUGACUAUAUUGUUAGACUAUCGCGCACAACAGUAUACUGACGCGUGAUAUUUUUGGUUGUGUGCGUUUUAGAUACACGAGAAUCGAUGCGAAAAAUAGCCGCCAUCUUUAAUGUAUAAAAUCGUAAAUUUCGCGCGUUUUAUUGUUGCAUUGUGCUCUUUAUCUUAGUGACGUGGUCGAGUCGAGGAUGUGCUUAAAUUAGAAUUUGUAAGCAAAUUUUAAUGUAGAAGUGACGAAGUGUAAUUGUUUUAGAAUAGUAGAGAUAUUUUUGUUAUAAUUUAACGUGCGGUAGGCGAAUGAACCAAAAUUAUUUUUUGUUGAUCGUUGAUAAUGCACUGGUUAUUUUUGAAGAGAUUAAUGUCAAUAGCAGUUAUAACGAUUUUGAAGCGAAGGUUUAUGUGUUGAGACAAUGUUAGAAUUUAAUUUGACUUACUAAUAAGUAUAGUUAUUUUACAUGAAACUUAAUAAAUCUUGCAGCUACUGAAACAUCAA